AUGUCGUCGGAAAAAAGGUCUCCCAGUAGUCCCGAAUUGAGACUCGGACGAUUGAAUGGUGAUGGUCAUCAUCCACCAAGCCCUCCAAUUUUAAUUCAAAGUGAUGACAAUCAAUCAAGUACGAGUGGUAGGAGUUGUAGUAGUACUAGUGAUGAUGAUGAUGAACAAUUCAUAUCAUCCAUUCAUCAUGAUGAUACAACACGUGAGGAUCCACCUUCUCCGAUUUUAGGAAUUUCCAACAGAAAUUAUACAAUUCGCAAUUCAAACCAUCAUCACAAAUUGAAAACAUCAACUCCAUCGGAAGUAACAAAUCAUUUACAUGACUCUUCACAGCAACUGACAUUAACCAAUCACAUCAUUUACAAUACCAAUCUCAUUCAAAACAAAUGGAGUAAAUUAAUGACUCCCUUCGAUAUUCAACUCACUCAACAUUUUGAUAUGAAACGAUCAUUCAUAUCCAAUGCAAACAAAUUGCAUGACCAUCAAAAGAAUUUUAAAAUUGAUCAUGGAUCAAAGAGGAAUGAAAGUGAAGAUGAUGAAUCAUCAUCAUUGGCAGAUAGUCCCUCUAAAUAUCUUGAACAAAUUCAAUUCUCACAAAUACCAGCUUCAUUAAUGAUACCAUCGAAUAGAAGUGAUAAAAAUAGUAGUCAUAGUAAUAGUAGUUCUGGAACUAGUCAUGGUAAUAGUAGUAUUCACAAAGUCAUCUCUAAGAAACCUAAUUCAUCAUCAUCAUCACUACUACCUUAUGAAAAGAACAAGUCACACAAUCUUGACCUAAUGUCAAAUUCUAAAAAGAAUUCCUCCACUCUCAUUUCAAAAGAUUUCUCAUUUCAAACACCACCACCAUCUCUAUCACAAUAUCAUGCAUCAUCUUCUCCACCUUGCUCUCUUUCUACUAAUCAUUCCACUCCAAGUAAUAGCAGUACUUGUUCUCACAAUGAAAUGUUAAACACUUCUUUAUUAGGAGAUGAUUUAUUAUUAGAUGAUAUUAAAAUCUAUGAAGAAUCAUCCAAACUUGAACAAUAUUCUCCAAGUAAUAAUAGUAGCAAUAACAGUAGUGCCAUGACAUCAUCAUCCCAUCCCUUCAAUAGUAGUAGUAGUACUAAUACAACAACUACUACUAUUACCACCAAUAGUCAUAAUAAUACAUCCACCACCACUGGUGUUGUUGUUCUCAAACCACCACCACCACCACCACCACCACCACCACACUCUGACAGUGCUAGCAAAAAGAAGAAGAAGAAGAAAUCAUCACCCAAUACAACCAAUGCAACCACUGCAACCACUGCAACAUUGGCACCCAAACAAGUGGUGAAAAUACGAAAUAAUGCCGAACGAAAAGAAUUUGAACGAUCAAAAAACAAAUUUGAAAAUUGGUUAAAAUUUUCAUCACCUGAUAAGAUAAAUGUUGUUAAUUAUGAGAAGAGAACAACACUUCGAGAAGGGCAUUCCAGUGAUAUCAAAAAUGAAACAACUACUACUCACUCUUCAUCAUCACAAGAAUCACCCAAUGAUAAAAAGAGAAAAAAGACAACAACAACAACUUUGAUUCUUAAAAGAAAGAAACCCAAUAGUAUCAAGACAGAUUUAGAGAAAACAUUGGACCAUUCCACAACAUCAUCCAAUAAUAAUGAUACAAAUAAUAAUAAUAAUAACAAUGAUAAUAAUCAAAAUAGUGAUCCUACUAAUAACAAUGAUACUCAUAAUAGUGAUCCUAACAAUGCUACUAAUUAUGGUGAUCCUAACAAUAAUAGAUCAUCAUUCUAUGAAUUGUACUUUUCAUCAGCUGCUGAUGGUCUAUGUUUCACAUUGGGUGAAGAAUGUAAAAGUUGUCAUGAAUGGUUAGAAAAACAUCAUAUUGAAUCAAAUACGAACGAAUAUUCUGGUUACAUGACAUGCAUUCAUUGUCAAUCCAACAAAUUUAAACCAUCUUUAACGAUACAAGAUGAUUCUACUAAUACAAUCAUUCGAAUUGUUUCCUUUGUACCAAAAAACAAAUUAUUGGAAUUGUUAAACAAGAUUCAACAUGUGAAUUCACAAAUACUCUAUGAAAAUCAUGAAGAAUUAUUUUGGAAUGUACUUUAUCAUUAUGGAAGUAUUAAGGAAUGUUUGGAUGAAUUGCAAAAUUCUCAAUUCAAAACUAACCUUGUUGGUCACAAUAACAACAACACUCUUAUGAUGAUGAACAAUAUUGGUCCUAAUGAAAAUAUGAAUCAUUUGAAUCAUCAUCAUACGAUUACUACAUCAAAAGCCAAUAAUGAAAAUACUUUCACUCGUAACAAGACUGAUCACACUACCACCACCACCACCACUACUAAUACCACCACUAUUGUCUCUACUACUACCACAAAAAGUAUAAAAAAAGAAAAAUCCAAGAAAAAAGAAACGACACAAACCAAGAAAAAUACCAAAAAACAACUUUCACAAAAAAGUCUAUUUGAUUUUAUGAAAUAA